AUGCCCGAGCAAGCUGCCCAGCCUGCCGCCGCCGCAAAGUCCAAACACUCCCACGCCGCGUCCACCGCUCAGCCCGCCCCUCGGAAAGUCCGCUUCAACGUUGGCACCCAGUACCAGGUGCUGGAUGUCGUUGGUGAGGGCGCAUAUGGCAUCGUCUGCUCUGCCAUCCACCGCCCCUCCGGGCGCAAGGUCGCCAUCAAAAAGAUCGCGCCCUUCGACCACUCCAUGUUCUGCCUCCGCACCCUCCGCGAGCUCAAACUCCUAAAGUUCCUCUCCGAAGCCGGCGUGAGCGAGAACAUUAUCUCAAUAUUGGACAUCAUCAAGCCCCCAUCCAUCGACCAGUUCAAGGAAGUUUACUUGAUCCAAGAACUGAUGGAGACGGACAUGCACCGGGUCAUCCGCACGCAGGACCUUUCCGACGACCACGCGCAGUACUUCAUCUAUCAGACUCUCCGCGCGCUCAAGGCCCUGCAUUCUGCCGAUGUCAUCCACCGCGACCUCAAGCCGUCAAAUUUACUUCUGAACGCGAACUGUGACCUCAAGGUCUGCGACUUCGGCCUGGCACGCUCCGUCAAGACUGCGGAGCCGAGCGGGACUGAGACAGGCUUCAUGACGGAGUAUGUUGCGACACGGUGGUACCGUGCGCCGGAGAUCAUGUUGACGUUCAAGCAGUACACGAAGGCGAUUGACGUAUGGUCGGUCGGCUGCAUCCUCGCGGAGAUGCUCUCUGGAAAGCCACUCUUCCCUGGGCGUGAUUACCAUCACCAGCUAACGCUUAUCCUCGAUGUGCUCGGCACGCCGACCCUGGACGAGUUCUAUGCGAUCACGACGCGCCGGUCCCGUGAUUACAUUCGCGCGUUGCCAUUCAGGAAGCGGAAGCCGUUCGCGCAGCUGUUCCCGAAUGCAAACCCGCUUGCGAUCGACUUCUUGACGAGGACAUUGACGUUCGACCCGAAGAAGCGAAUUACGGUCGAGGACGCGCUCGCGCAUCCCUACCUUGAGGCAUACCACGAUCCCGACGAUGAGCCAUGCGCACCACCAUUGGACCCCGAGUUCUUCGAGUUCGAUCUGCACAAGGACGAUAUCAGCCGAGAACAGCUCAAGGAGCUGCUCUACGAUGAGAUCAUGUCCUUCCGGCCGCCGCCCAUCUCAUGA